GUAAGCGUUGUUUGUAGGAAGAAGAAGSCGAUUCUGGAAGCCAUUACGUUGCGCAGAUCAAUUGAGUAAAUCCUACUAUUUUACGUACAAUACGCACAAUUAUUUAAAAGAAACAGCAAUUUAUGCAAAUAUGGCAUCGAAUGGCAAAAAGAGAAAAAUGAAUUUUUCGGAGAGAGAGGUCGAAAUUAUUGUGGAGGAAAUUGAGAAACAAAAGCACAUACUCGUUAACCACUUCAAUGCGGGAGUCACUCACAUAGCAAAGAAUAACGCGUGGAUAGAAAUCCUGAAGAAGGUGAACGCUGUAACAACCUGCCCAAGAGAAUUGGCCGAGGUCAAKAAGAAGUGRUCGGWUAUGAAGACCGAGGUGAGGCGCAAAGUGGCACAGGCGAGGGCGGCAAUUGAGGAGAACACUACCGACUGCACUCCGGUUCCCGUUAUCCUCACUGCUAUGCAGCAGCGUAUUUGUAACCUCUUGGGAGAGGCGACUAUCAUCAGUUUACCUGCUGGAGACCCAAAUGCUGAGAUAACUUUACCUGUUACUAUGAGCUCAGUCACCACCGUGACACUCACGGAAAGCCUUCAGACAGCUUCAGCAUCAUGCGAGGAGACGAAAUCCCUAGAUGCUGAGACCACGUACCACACCCUGGAGGAAGGCGGCAUGGUGGAGUACUGCACCACCGUGGUGACCGCCAUGGAGUCGCAUCCAGUGGAAAUGCUGACGGCAGUGUCUUCGACCCAACCGCCCAGCCAGGCCAAGCCCCAGGAGCUGAAGAGCCGCAUUGCCCUCAACUCGGCACGGCUCCUCCAGGAACAGYGGGUCACCAAUGUGCACGUGAGGCAGAUCGCUCAGCAUCUGGAGGGCCAGAACCAAUUACUUCAGAUGAUCCGUAGGUCCCAGGAGGCGCAGGCCUACGCCCAGGAGAGGCAGGCCCAGGCCCUGGAGGGCACCCAGGCAGCCUUGCUGGCCCUGGUUCAGAUGAUGAGGCCGGCUCUCAAAGACCUGAGGAAGUUCCUGCAGAGCGGGACUGACAACUCCAACAACUCGGGGACUCCUGCAGAGGGCUCGCAAUAGAGGCCCAAGAUCCCGUUGCCACAGCCAGCCGAGAAUUAACAAUGUAUGUGUGUGUGUGUGUGGUGUGUGUGUGUGUGUGUGUGUGUGGUGUGUGUGUGUGUGUGUGUGUG